AUGGUCCGCAUAACCCGCUCCACCACUGCGCGCCAGGCAGCAUUAGCCGCCUCUCAAGCGCAAUCCAGCAACUCUACAUCAUCCCAAGUCCCGAGCGUCCGCCUUUCCACGACUUCCCCCAGCCAAGGACGAAAUCGGUCGCAACGCAACAGUCCCCUCCAGGUCAAGACCGAGGAUGCCAUCCUGGAACCCGCUCCCAAGCGGCGCAAGAGGAACAACGCCACUACUCCCCCACAAAACAAGGACCUCAACGACCUCCCUCACAACCUCGGCGCGGUGAUAUCCCCCACAACCCCGGCCAACUCUCGCAUCAAGAAGGAAGAAGAAGCAAUCAACAAUCUCGCAAAAGACCUCCAAACCACCGUCGACAAAGCCACAUCGCACAAUGAUGACGACCUCCCCUUCCCCAACUGGCCCCACCCGACGCCCGACGAAUGCGAAGAAGUCGACCGGCUUCUGUCGUCGAUCCACGGCCGGAUCGUGGCCCCCGCGACCAUCCCGGAGCCCUCGCUGACCGUGACGGGGUGCGGCGAGGUGCCGUCCGUGCUGGACGCGCUGAUCCGGACGCUGCUGAGCGGGGCCACGACGGGGAACAACUCGGCCAUGGCGUUCAACGGGCUGGUGCAGCGGUUCGGGAUCCUGCGCGAGGGGAUCGGCAAGGGGAGCGUGGAUUGGGAUGCGGUGCGGCGGGCGCCGGUGCGGGAGGUCUUUGAGGCGAUCAAGCGCGGCGGGUUGGCGGAUGUGAAGAGUAAGAAGAUCAAGGCGAUUCUCGACAUGGUGUAUGAGGAGAAUAAGGCGCGCCGGGAUUUGUUGGGGGUGUUGAAUAACCAGUCCGAGGGUCACAAGAACUACGAGAUUGCGUGCGCGGACCAGAACUUCCUGAAUCUGAACCACCUGCACACGCUGAGCACGGAGCGGGCGAUGACGGAGCUGGUCAAGUAUCCCGGCAUCGGGCCUAAGACGGCGGGCUGCGUGCUGCUGUUCUGUCUGCAGCGGCCCUGCUUCGCGGUCGAUACGCAUAUCUUCCGCAUCUGCAAGUGGCUGGGCUGGGUGCCGCCGAGCAAGGUGACCGAGGUGACGGCGUUUGGUCAUCUGGAGGUGCGCAUCCCGGACCAUCUGAAGUAUUCGCUGCAUCAGUUGCUCAUCCGCCAUGGGAAGUCUUGCCCGCGAUGUCGGGCUAUCACGGGACAGUCUUCUGCGCGGUGGGAGGAGGGCUGUGUCAUCGAUCACCUGGUGAAGAGGACUGGGAAGAGAAAAGCAGGGCACGCCCGGUGGCCCGUGCGCCCGCGUAUCGGAGGGAGCGAUAAACAAUCGAACCACCCGGACUCUUUCCCUUUUAGAAAAAAAAGUGUCUGGCACAACCCAACAGCGCCAGUUCACUCGUUGAAAUCUCAACUCAAUAUGGACACGCUGGCCCAAUUCGUCCCGCCGGCUUUCCAGCCCAUCGUGGAACAUCUCCAGAUCCAAGGCCCGUUGUUGGGCGUCGCGUUGCUGUCGCUCGGCGCGGUGUAUCUGGGUUACGUCUACGUUCUGAGCCAGAGGGAGGCUGCCGUCACGUUCAAUGUGCCCAUUCCUGCGGAGAUUAGAGCCAAUUGGGAAGGGAAGAAAUGGGAUCAGCUUGAUGGAGAAGCGAAGAGGGUGGUUGAGGGGCAGGUUCGAGGGCAAUGGAACGACAACCUGAUUAUGAGCUACUGUCCCGCUGAUGGAAGAGUUCUCGGCUCUGGAAUCAAACCUGCGACCCCGGAAGACGUCGAUCAAGCGAUUAAGGCGGCAGCAAAAGCACAGGCAGAAUGGUCCAAGACUAGCUUCGCGGAGAGGAGGAAGGUUCUACGGACUUUGCUGAAAUACGUUCUCGACCACCAAGACGAACUCGUUACCGCCUGCUGCCUAGACUCUGGAAAGACCAAGGUGGACGCUUCCUUCGGAGAAAUCCUGGUGACCACUGAGAAGCUUAAAUGGACCCUCGACCACGGUGAAAAGGCUCUGACGCCGGAAUCGCGCCCUACGAACUUCCUCAUGAUGUACAAGAAGAACAUGGUCACCUACGAACCUCUGGGCGUGGUCUCGGCCUGCGUUUCCUGGAACUACCCCUUCCACAACUUCAUCUCGCCCGUAAUCAGCGCUAUCUUCGCAGGAAACGGCAUCGUGGUGAAGCCGUCCGAGCAGACGGCCUGGUGCACGACUUUCUUCCUGGAGGUCAUCCGCGGCGCCCUGACCAGCUGCGGCCACCCUCGCGAGCUGGUCCAGAGCGUCGUCUGCCUUCCGCGUGUGGGCGACUACUUGACCUCCCACCCAGGCAUCUCCCUGCUCACCUUCAUCGGCUCCCGCCCCGUGGCGCACAAAGUCUGCGCAUCCGCCGCCAAAGCCCUGACGCCUGUCACCGUGGAGUUGGGCGGCAAGGACCCGUCGCUCAUCCUGGACGACUCGCGCACCGUGCAUGAACUACCGGCCAUCGCUUCAAUCCUCAUGCGGGGUGUCUUCCAGUCCGCGGGACAGAACUGCAUCGGCAUCGAACGCAUCGUCGCCCUCCCCGGCGCCUACGACCGGCUUCUGGACAUCGUCUCCGCGCGCAUCGCCAAACUCCGCCUGGGCUCCGUCCUGUUGUCACCCCAGGGCGCCCCUGAUGUGGGCGCCAUGAUCUCCCCGGCCUCUUUCGAUCGACUGGAAUCCCUGAUCCACGACGCCGUCAAGCAGGGCGCCCGCCUGGUUUGCGGCGGGAAGCGGUUCUCCCACCCUGAGCACCCCCUCGGCCACUACUUCACCCCCACGCUGCUCGCGGACGUCACACCGGAGAUGCGCAUCGCGCAAGAGGAGCUCUUUGCGCCGGUCUUCGUGCUGAUGCGCGCCAGCUCGGUGCCGCAUGCUAUUGAGAUCGCCAACUCGACUGAGUACGGCCUGGGUGCUAGCGUCUUCGGCUACGACCCGCGGGACACCGCCCGGUGCAUCAAGGAGAUUCGGUCCGGGAUGGUCUCGGUCAAUGACUUCGGGAGCUACUACGCGGUGCAAUUGCCGUUCGGCGGCGUCAAGGGCUCCGGGUACGGCCGGUUCGCGGGCGAGGAGGGCCUCCGCGGCGUGAGUAACCUCAAGGCCGUGUGCGUGGAUCGGUUCCCGAAGUUGAUGGCGACGAGAAUCCCGCCGCGGGUGGACUAUCCGAUCAAUAAAGGGGAAGGUGCACGGGAGAAUGGUACGGGGGCGUGGGAAAUGUGUAAGGGCGUGGUGGAGACGGGAUAUCAGAUUACGUUGGCGGGCAGAGUGAGGGGCAUCCUGCGGUUGUUAGGGAAUAUGUAG